AUGGAUCACACUCACGCUCAAAUUCACAUAGUAGAAGUAACAAGGAACGCAGUUCACCUUCACCCCCCAAAACCAUUGCCUAGCAUCCCCCGUGAGGAUACAAUCGGUCCACCUCCGCCUUCUCCUCCAGCCAGCGUAGACGAGUCACCCGACAAUCUAUCGUCCUUAUUCCCAGUAAGACUCUCCAAGUCAGACCCACUCCCGAAAGGCAUCGAAUCAGAUAUCGACGUAGAGUUGGAUACAGCCACUAUAAACAACGGCCUCCUCCACCCACCCACACGUCCUGUACGGCGCAACACGACGGGCUCUGCGCGCCGUCCCCAUCCACCUCCGUCUACAUAUGUUGCAACCGGAGAACUGGAGGAUGACAUCCAAAUCCAAGCAGAGCAGAUUCGCCGUGAAAGAAAGCGAAAGCAGGCUGCCGAAGUCGCCGCAGCAGCUGUCGUCGAAGUGGCUCAGAAACAGGACGAGCUUCCCUUGGUGGGCAACUUGAUAGGAGAGGACCACGCAAACUACGUCCUUAUGUACAACAUGCUGACGGGGAUCAGGAUAGCUGUCUCACGAUGCCAGGCAAAGAUAAAACGACCCCUUACUGAGCAGGAUUUUACCGCAGGCAUAAAUACUCUUUCGAUAUGUACCGUUGGGAACGAACUUACUCCCUCUGCGAGAUACGACUUCAAAUUCAAAGACUAUGCCCCUUGGGUGUUCCGGGAACUCCGCGAAGACCACUUCUCUCUGGACCCCGCAGAUUACCUCCUCUCCCUCACAUCCAAAUACAUCCUGUCCGAACUCACCUCCCCAGGCAAAAGCGGCUCUUUCUUCUACUUCUCCCGCGACUACCGCUUCAUCAUAAAGACUAUCCGGCACGCGGAACACAAGUUCCUCCUUCGUGUUCUCCCGCAGUACUGGGAGCACGUGAAAGCGAACCCUCAUACUUUGUUAAGCCGAUUUUAUGGACUUCAUCGGGUAAAGCUUCCCAGGGGACAAAAGAUUCAUUUCGUGAUCAUGAACAACUGUUCCCGCCUCACAAAGACAUCCACGAAUCUUACGAUCUCAAAGGGAGUACUGUUGGGCGCAUCGUGCCACCUGCAAACUGGUGCAGAAUCUCGCGCGGUGCAGAAGGAUUUGAACUGGAUCGAUAGUAAUAGGGUGCUGGAGCUUGGUCCGGAGAAGAGGGCCCUUUUAACGGAGCAAAUGUUGAGGGAUCUGGGGGUUAUGGACUAUAGUUUACUCGUUGGGCUUCAUUGGGGGAAUAGGGGGAAUAGGGAGAAUGUGAGAGGGAGCACGCUGAGGGUAUUUGAGCCCUCAGUCCCACCCAUCCGACGCAAAACCACGCAAACGAAAGACGGGCGGUCCCCUGAAGCGAUAGCUAUGCGCCGAAUCAUGCGUGCAUCUGAUCCGCACCAGUUAGGAACGACACUUGAUCUCCCGGAUUCGCCUUCUCCGUCAAUGCAAACCCAACCCCAUCCCACUCAAGACCGCGAUCAUUUUCUCUUCUACCAAGACGAAGGAGGCCUUCAAGCGACAGAUGAAAGCAACGAGGAGAUGGACGUCAUUUAUUAUUUGGGAAUUAUUGAUAUUUUGACGCCGUAUGGGGGGUUAAAGAAGUGUGAGCAUUUUUGGAAGGGGUUGAGCGCUGAUCGGGUCCCGCCUUCUGAAUACGCGGACCGAUUCUUUGGGUUCAUGAAAGCUAUCAUGCGUGGAGGAGAGGGUGGGGCGCGAUUCAAGCCUGAGUGA